AUGCCGAAAAUAGGUGCCCAGCGUUUGAUUUGCAGUGUUUGCGGUGAUAAGGCUAUCGCAUAUAAUUUUGGUAUACAAUCGUGUGAGUCGUGUAAAGCGUUUUUUCGAAGAAAUGCUUUCAGAGAAAAUGCAUUUGUGUGUAAAUUUGGUGGUAAAUGUGAAAUCGAUGUCAUAAGUCGACGACUCUGUCGUAAAUGCCGAUUAAUGAAGUGUUUUGCCGUCGGAAUGAAUAAAGCAUACAUAUUUUCUGACGAAGAAAAAAGCAAACGAAAGGCUAUUGUCGAAGAAAAACGGCGCAAAAGUAAAGUCAAUAAUGAGUUGAAUGCCAUUCACUCGUCCGACACAUCAUCGCAAACGCAAUCGGAUUCAUCACUCAAUGAUACAAACAAUGUCUCAAUGAUUGUUGAAAAUGAUGUGAACACAGACUCUGUGGAUAAAUCACAAAAUAUAUUAAGUUUUGAUGACAUAGAGACUGAGGAGUCAUAUGAUGAGGGCUUUCCAAUCAUUCCUAUCGCUAACCAAAUGACUACUUAUGACAAGAAUUUAAAUCAAAUAGAAAUGAAUCGUUUGGCAGAACUGUUAAACGCGACCCAAAAAAUCAGAGAUCCGGUCAGCAAAGUAACAUCAGAGGCCACAGUAUAUCCAGAUGUACGACAAUGGAUGUACGAUGUGGAUUCAUCACUCAAUGAUACAAACAAUGUCUCAAUGAUUGUUGAAAAUUAUGUGAACACAGAUUCGGCGAACAAUUCACAAAAUAUAUUGGAUUUGAAUGACAUGGAGAUUGAACAAUCAUUUGCUGAACAAUUUCCUAUGAUUCCUAUUCCUAAUCAAAUCAAUACAUACGACAAGAAUUUAAAUGACAUAGAAAUGAAUCGUUUGGAAGAACUGCUAACCGCUACCAAACAAAUAUGGGAACCGAUCAGCAAAAUAACAUCCGAGUCCGUGGAUUAUCCAGAUGUACGAUAUACCAUGGAUACUAAAUUGAAACGGGAUGUCAGCCGACUUACAUUGUUGUCCAAACAUUUAAGUUCAUUCACCGGUAUCUGCGAUGAGGACCGGAUGUUUCUCCUGAAGGCCGGUUACCGCGAGAUAUUACCCAUGCGUUCACUCAUUGCCUAUAAUUAUGAUCGUCAACAUUGGGCUAUAGUUUUGGACUCAAAUAACACAACUGUCCUAAAGGUGACAACAUUGAAGAUGUUUGGCCAGGAUUACUAUGACCUCUACAAAAAGUUUUUCAAUAAAUAUGGUCGCGAAUGGGACUUUGACUCAAUUAUAUUAGACCUGCUGACAGCCAUCGCCCUGUUCACACCGGAUCGGCCCAAUAUUGUGCAUAAACAUGCGGUUAAACUUCAACAGCAAAUGUAUAUCCAUUUACUCCGACGAUAUUUAAGACUCAAAUAUUCAGAAUCAGAAAUGAAUGUAAAUUCUCAUAACUCGAACUCUAAUUCCCGGCGACCCUAUCGUGUGUUACUGUUUAGUGAAGUGGAGUCUCUUCGACAUUCGAGUGAAAACUCAUCGCAACGGCUAAAUGCAUCCGAGACCUCAAGAAACACAAAGGAAUAA